GUUGUCUGUUUGUGUGGUCUGAUCAGUGUGUCAUUGUGUGUCCCCUCUCCCUCCUCCUACCAGUCACCCCAGAGGCCAUCGGCUUCCUGUCGGCCGUGGGCGUCUUCAUCGUGGCGUUGGCCGUCCUCUUCCUCUUCAUCAACAAGAAGCUGUGUUUCUCGCGUGUCGGCGGACUGCCCUGUCUGGAGGAACAUGGCCGCCGGAAGAAAGGACGACAAGGAAUUCGCCAGGGUCUCGUGAACAGCUACGGUGACAACGAUGGCCUCAGCUCCUCCGACAGCGAAGAGGAGGUCCUGAAGCAGUUUGAGAUCUCGGUGUCGCGUUCGCAGAGUUUUCGCAGUACAGCGGUCAGCGGCGGCGAACAGCCGGCCCAGCAGUCUCAGCUAGCGUUGGGUCGACGCCACAAAUUCACCCGACUGUCGGACCAGGAGGAGGGCAGCACCGAGCCGUCCGACUGUGAAGAGAUGGCGGCUCAGAACCAGUCGGGCUUCCAGGACCCGCUCUCGGCAGCAGUCGAGGAAAUCGAGAGGGCGUCUUCCGCCCCGCCAGACAACCCGUCUUUCCGCGAGGCAUCAGACGCCAGGGACAGUCCCGCCCCCAGCAUGAGCCGACCGGCCGCAGACGGCAGCGAGGACACGCAGCAGGCUGCACAGGACCGAGACCAAAAUGAAGUCACGGACAGCUCCUCCACCUGGAGCCCCAAG